GCUGGCGGAUCGGUGAGUAGAGCUUGCGGCUUGCGAGUAAGGCGCUGUCCGACCCAACGGGACCCGAGCGGCAGCCGUGCUCCGGCCUUGAAAGUGGUUCAGUCAUGGUUGAAAUUAAGAAGAUCUGUUGCAUUGGUGCGGGCUACGUUGGUGGGCCCACAUGCAGUGUCAUUGCUCAUAUGUGCCCUGAAAUCAGGGUGACAGUUGUUGAUGUCAAUGAAUCAAGAAUCAAUGCAUGGAAUUCACCAACCCUUCCUAUCUAUGAGCCUGGAUUAAAAGAAGUGGUAGAAUCCUGUCGAGGGAAAAAUCUGUUUUUUUCUACAAAUAUUGAUGAUGCCAUCAGAGAAGCUGAUCUAGUAUUUAUUUCUGUGAACACACCAACAAAAACAUACGGGAUGGGGAAAGGCCGGGCAGCAGAUCUGAAGUAUAUUGAAGCUUGUGCUCGACGCAUUGUGCAAAACUCAAAUGGGUACAAAAUCGUGACCGAGAAAAGCACAGUCCCUGUGCGGGCCGCAGAGAGCAUCCGCCGUAUAUUCGAUGCCAACACAAAGCCCAACUUGAAUUUGCAGGUACUGUCCAACCCUGAGUUCUUGGCAGAGGGGACAGCUAUCAAGGACCUAAAGAACCCAGACAGAGUCCUGAUUGGAGGGGAUGAAACCCCAGAGGGCCAGAAGGCUGUGCGGGCGCUCUGUGCUGUGUAUGAGCACUGGGUUCCCAAGGAAAAGAUCCUUACCACCAACACUUGGUCCUCAGAGCUUUCCAAACUGGCAGCAAAUGCUUUUCUUGCCCAGAGGAUCAGCAGCAUUAACUCCAUCAGUGCUCUGUGUGAAGCCACAGGCGCUGAUGUGGAAGAAGUGGCAAUGGCUAUUGGGAUGGACCAAAGAAUUGGAAACAAGUUCCUAAAAGCCAGCGUUGGUAAAUCAAUUUUUUCUUUACCUAUAAUAGGUUUUGGUGGGAGCUGCUUCCAAAAAGAUGUUCUGAAUUUGGUGUAUCUCUGCGAGGCUCUGAAUCUGCCGGAAGUAGCUCGUUACUGGCAGCAGGUCAUAGACAUGAAUGACUAUCAGAGGAGGAGGUUUGCUUCGAGGAUCAUAGACAGUCUAUUUAACACAGUGACUGAUAAGAAGAUCGCUAUCUUGGGGUUUGCAUUCAAAAAGGACACUGGUGAUACCAGAGAGUCCUCCAGUAUCUACAUUAGCAAAUACCUGAUGGACGAAGGUGCACACCUCCAUAUAUAUGACCCCAAAGUGCCCAUGGAACAGAUAAUCAUGGAUCUUUCUCAUCCAGGGGUUUCAGCAGAUGACCAAGUGUCCAGACUGGUGACCAUUUCCAAGGAUCCAUAUGAAGCAUGCGAUGGUGCUCAUGCCCUUGUUAUUUGCACUGAAUGGGACAUGUUUAAGGAAUUGGAUUAUGAACGGAUUCACAAAAAAAUGCUGAAGCCAGCCUUUAUCUUUGAUGGACGACGGGUCCUGGAUGGGCUCCACAGUGAACUGCAGACCAUUGGCUUCCAGAUUGAAACAAUUGGCAAAAAGUUGUCUUCCAAGAGAAUCCCAUACACUCCUGGUGAAAUUCCAAAGUUUAGUCUUCAGGAUCCGCCUAACAAGAAACCCAAAGUCUAGAUAUUUCCAUUUUACCUGUGAUUGUUUUGGUACUUCAGGGUAGCCAGUGUCUGUCUGAUAUUAAAUGGUAAAUGAACUACAUGUUUUUAAGGAAACAAAAAUAUUUUUUUAAUCAUCAAAUUUAUACUUGCUGUAUGGGUGUUAGCAUAUCUAGGAAUUAGGAAUUAUGAAUCUAGAAUAAUUUUUACAUAUUUUUAUAUUAUUGUCCUCUCAGUUAUUGAAUGGAUGCAAAACGAUCAUGUUGAUUUAAAUGUCAAUUUUUGUAAAAUAAAGAUGAAACUUUGAACACUUUUUAGCAUUAUGAAUUGUCCACAGACUGCACUUUAAUAAGAAUAUAAGGAAAAGGCAGUCUCGUUUUCCUGGGUGUUGAUUCGUUUGCUUCUAAAUGGGAUUUUGAAGCCAUGAAAUCACUGUGCUACUAUGUAUGUUCUUUUAUUUCAGUGACAUGUCAUUAGUGGUUUUGGUGUUUUGUUUUCCUCAAAAGGUCACUCUGCAUUUCUUCCCUGCUUAACAUGAAUAGUACUUUCUUUUUUGAAAGAAUUUAACCUGAGGAAAAAAAAUCAGUAGUUUGGUCUGUGUUAUUUCAUCACUUUCGCCACUGAUUGUUACUUUUACUGCCUGAGUGAAAAAGUGUUUGUUACCUUUAUUUUGAUUAUUUCUAUUACACUUCUAAUUUUUUCCUUUAAGCAAGAAAACCAAUAAAAUCUCAUGUGUAAACU